AUGGCAUCUAAACAGCCCCAACCGUCAUUAUUUCAAGUCUAUCUCCGCCUUCGCCCCCCAUUCGCCGAGAAACACAAUGAAUCCGACCGUUUCCUCGCUGUCGAGCCUCCUGAGGCACAGGACGACGCCGAGAUUAUCGCGCCUGUCUCGACUCAUGUCACUCUACAGCCUCCCAAUGAUUCGCGGAAGCGUGCGAUCGAGAGAUUUGGUUUUACAAAAGUUUUCGAGGAAAGCGCAUCUCAGUUGGACUUAUUCCACGACACGGGUAUGGAAUCCCUAAUUCGAGGCGUUCUCAAGGAAGGUCGCGAUGGAUUGGUGGCCACACUGGGAGUGACAGGUAGCGGAAAGUUGCAGAGUCAUACCAUUUUGGGAUCCAAGUCACAACGAGGAAUGACCCAAAUGGCAUUAGAUGUCAUUUUCCGAUCACUGCGACCAACUCUGAAAACGGAGGAUGGCAGCAUUAGUCCCAUGAUGCUCGCCUCGCUCGCCGGGUCUGAUACAUCCGAAGCGCAAAUAUUUUCCGCCCAAACGUUUCUGGAGGCCGUAUAUGGCGAACCCAAUGGGAACGGCGGCCGCAAUUCAAGAGCGCAAACCCCUAUGAGCCCCUCUCGCGCACAAACCCCACUGACGGUACGGAGCCCCAUAAUCCUCAAUGUCCCAGGAUCGCCAGUAAAGCGUCCAACUACCCCUGGAUCUGGUCUUCCAAGACCUUGUAUCAACCCUGGAAGCCCACCAAAGGCGGACUCAAUUCCAACGUCGACUCAAAAUCGCACGGAUUGGCCCAGCGGACUCACUUCAGUGACCGAUCAUCCGGAGAGGAAUCCAGGCCCCUUCAAUCCCCUUCCUUACACACGUCCCAAUCCCCAUGAAGUUCGUUUAGCUAAAUCUCGACUUAUUGUCUUUAAGGAGCCGACCCCUGCAUUGAUCUUCCCUCGCCGUCAACCGCGUGACCGUCCCACCGCACUGCCUCGAGUUCCCGACGUGAGCCACUUAGCUAUUGACCUCAAUUCCGAUGCCGAUUAUGUGGUGCUUGUUUCUAUGUACGAGGUCUAUAAUGACCGAAUCUUCGACCUUCUAUCGCCCGCCAUAAACCCAGGCAACACGAUGUCUCGAGGAAAUAACCAGAAAGAUCGUCGACGCCCAUUAUUGUUCAAAUCUACUGAGGGCUCGCCUGACCGGAAGGUAGUUGCGGGGCUCCGUAAGAUUGCCUGUGGCACUUAUGAAGAAGCUCUGUCUAUUCUCGAUGUUGGGUUGACAGAGCGCAAAGUUACAGGCACAGGAGCGAACAGCGUUAGCUCACGAAGCCAUGGCUUCUUCUCUCUCGAAGUGAAGAAGCUCACACAUAACAAACGAUAUGGAGAAACCACUUGGGUGGGAAACGCACUCACAGUUGUGGAUUUAGCUGGAUCGGAACGAGCAAGAACCGCGAAGACAGCUGGUGCCACUCUCGUAGAGGCUGGAAAGAUCAAUGAAAGUUUGAUGUACCUGGGUCAGUGUCUGCAAAUGCAGAGUAACUUACAAGACGGCAUCAAGACUGCGCUUGUUCCUUACCGCCAGUGCAAGCUCACUGAACUACUAUUUUCCAACUCCUUCCCAUCAUCCAACCAAAUGUCGCGAGGUCAUUAUCCACAGAAGGCUGUCAUGGUUGUCACUGCCGAUCCUCUCGGUGACUUCAAUGCAACCUCCCAGAUCUUGCGGUACUCUGCAUUAGCGCGUGAAGUCACAGUACCGCGCAUGCCUUCGCUUACGGAGUCUAUUCAUUCUUUCACGUCUGGUCGAGACCGAACAACUAGUGGGCGUACUUCACCCAAUGACGCAUCUGCAGAAGAGCUGGAACAGGCGACCACAGAGAUUGCACGGCUCACGAGUGAUUGCCAUGGCCUUGCUAUCCGUUUGGCCGAAGAAGAAAUUAUGCGCUCCGAAAUGGAAAUCAGACUGAGAGCUGCCGAGGAGCGAUGUGUUGAUAUCGAACAAGAGGUUCGUGAGGAAUGCUGGGCUGAGAUGGAUGAGAUGAUGGAGGCAGAACGUAGACGCUGGCAAAGUGCAUGGGAUGACCAGACUGGUCGCAAUGAUGAGCACGUUGAUCGAAAAAUUGAGUUGGUCUCUCGUGGGUUCAACAUUUACGAAGACCCGGAACCAUCCUUAAAUGAAAGAGCUGAAGAGCUUGAGAAUGAAAACGAGCAGCUUCGCCGCCGUAUCGCCGCUCUUGAGCGUGAAAUGCAUUCGCAUUCUCCCACCCGGAAGCCUAGGGCCAAAAAUGCUGCACCCAGCCAGUCAUCCAACCUCCUCGGCCGAGAAAGCGACAUCGAGAAUGCUCUGCAGCGCAUGAAUCAACUUAACCUCACAGACACCAUGUUCUCUCCUGCGCCUCCUCCAUCCUCGCCAGGCAAAAAGAUGAGAAAACUGGGCACCAGAAAGAUGGACUUGGGUCCUGAAAUGGAUAUUUGA